AUGUCGACCACAGAUAUCACGUCGCCGUCUCAGCUGAGCUCGCUGCUCUCUUCCUCGCGCAUCGUGGUGCUCAACUUCUACAAUGAAGCGAACACGUCAAGCAAGGCGAUUGCCCCCCUCUACGACCAGCUAGCAGGCCAGCUCUCGAGAGCCAACAGAGUCUCGUUUGCCAAGGUCAGCGUGGUGCAACAGGCACAGAUUGCGCAGAGCUACAACAUCACCAACACCCCAACGUUCAUCGUCUUCAAAAACAACCAACAGAUACGCAAGUUUGGCGGCUCGAAUCCCCAGCAACUCUCCGAGGCCAUCAAGAGCCUUGCCGCAGAGGCCGAGUCUGACGGCGGCUCUGGAGGCUUUGGGGAAGGAAGCUCGAGUGGCGGUGGCGCAUGGCGAGGGGCUGGACUUCCUCGAGGAUACACCGAUGUUACGGAUCAAGUGGAUGUACGCGGUCUGGACCUGUUAAAUGCGGAUAGCGAUUUCGGCGGUGUACGCACUCUCUUCGAAACGUCGCAACCUAGCUCGUUGAGCAAGGGCAAGCGGGCCGCCUCGGGAUCCGACUCAAGCAAAGACUGGGUAGAGAGCGAUGUCGACAACCAACUCAUGCUCUACAUACCCUUCACCUCAUCACUAAAGGUUCACACGAUCCAGAUCACUUCGUGCCCGCCAAACGACGAAAGCGAUGACGACGACGAGACUCCAGUUCGGCCCAAGACAAUUCACUUGUGGACGAAUCGCCAGCAUAAUCUGGGUUUUGAAGAGGCCGAAGACAUCCCGGCUACACAGACUAUCGAACUGAACGAGUCAGACUGGGACGAGCAGACGGGCACCGCCAAGCUGGAGCUGCGGUUCGUCAAGUUCCAGAACGUCUAUUCGCUCGUGCUGUUUGUAGCGGAUGGAGAUGGCGACAGCGAGAAGACGCGCAUCGACAGAGUCCGGUUCAUAGGUGAGAGCGGCGAGAAGAGGGAAAUUGGCAAGUUGGAGAAGAUAGGCGACGACUCAUGAGGAGAUAUGGACGAAAUAGGUGUCCAGUAAUAUCACCAUGCGAUGAAGAGUGUUUAUUCAUGAGUACAUGCAGCGACAUCAAUGAAUUAGAUAUAUCAAAUCGUCGAUGCAGCAACACACAUUGCUCACAGCUGCGCUUGAGAUGUUCACAUGAAUGACAUGAGCACCGUAUAUGCC